CGGAUGAAGACCGAAGAGACGCGCCGUUGCCAUGGCAGCCGGGUGCUGGUUGCAUCAGGAGCCAGCCCGGGGGUGUCACCCUUGCCUCAUCAGAGCUUAGAAAAGGAGAGAGCAUUGUUCAUUGACAAGUGGAAAAAUGGAUGAAAGUAAAUCAAUAGAUUCAAAAGAAAGUGGGGAAUAUGAGGAUGACUUUGAGAAGGACCUGGAGUGGUUGAUCAAUGAUAAAGAAAAAAGUAAUGGCAGCAUAAUAGAGAUGGCUUGCAAGAAGGAAGACGAUCUUGACCAGGAAUUAAAAGAGGAUGAACCAGAAACAGAACACAGCCAACAGCUCUCUGAUCCAGACAAACCCCUAAAGGACGAGGCCUCCCUCAGAAGAAAUGACUUCAUUUCCGUCCCAAGCAUUCAGCCGUUGGAUCCCAUAUCAGACUCAGACAGUGAGAACUCCUUCCAGGACUUCAAACAGGAAAAUCAGAGAGAGCUGGAGGAAGAAGAGGACGAGGAAGUAAGGAGAUAUAUUAUGGAGAAAAUUAUAGAGGCGAACAAGAUCCUACAGAAUCAAGAGCCUGUGAAUGAUAAAAGGCAGCGAAAACUGAAGUUCAAGGACAAGUUAGUUGAUUUAGAAGUCCCACCGUUAGAAGACAGCGACACUUGCAAAACUUUCUCAGAAAACGAAAACAAUAUGUCUGGAAAACUGUCUCAGCUAUGCCUUUCUGGUGAAGUAGGACAAGAGAAAGUGCUCCUGUCAGUUCCUGACAGCAGCUGUGAAGAAAACGAUAGGAAGAUACUGGUAGAGAGAGACGGGAAGUUUGAACUUAUGAAUUUACAAGACAUCGAGAGUCAGGGGUUUCUGCCUCCCAUUAAUAGUGCUAACAGUACAGACAGUGAAACCCCCCAGUUGCCGCUCAGGUCUCCCACCCCGUCUGCUGGUGUCAAGAAAGAAGAGCCUGCGGCAAAGGUUCACACUGUGGCUUUCUCCCCAACAGAGGAGCCACUGGCUCAAGUCCCUCAGCCACCACCCAACCCCAAGAUUCGUCCAAGCUCUGCUGUCAACCCAGAUCUAAAUAAAAGAAGCAGGAGAUCUAAUCACAGGAUACAGUCUGCCAAUGUCUCUCCAGUGACCUCAACGUAUUGUCUGUCGCCACGGCAGAAAGAACUCCAAAAGCAGCUAGAACGGAAGAGAGAAAAGCUAAAGAGGGAGGAAGAACAACGCAAAAUAGAGGAAGAGAAUGAGAAGAAGAAAGAGAAUGAGAUGGUGUUCAAAGCAUGGCUACAGAAGAAAAGAGAGCAGGUCAUCGAGAUGCGGAGAGUCCAGCGGGCGAAGCAGAUCGAAGACAUGAACAGCAGGCAGGUGAACCGAGACCCACAAGCGGCCUUCCGAUUAUGGCUUAAGAAAAAGCACGAGGAGCAGAUGAGAGAAAGGAAGACAGAGGAGCUCAGGAAGCAGGAGGAGUGUUUGUUUUUCCUGAGAGGAACGGAGGGCCGUGAGAGGGCCUUUAAACAGUGGCUCAGAAGAAAACAGAUAGAAAAACUAGCCGAGCAACAGGCUGUCAAAGAGAGAGCCAGGCAGCUCCGGUUGGAAGCACGGCGCUCCAAGCAGCUACAGAGCAACCUGUACAACAUGCCCGAAGCCAAGUCUUUCCGCUUUACUGACCACUACAACUGAAGCUGUCUGGGAAAGCCUGUAUUGGAAGGUUCUGUCACCAGAGUUUUAGAUGUCAUUUCCCAUGGAGCCUGUGUUUCGACAAUACUCAAAAUUACAGAGUGAGAUUUGUCUUUUGGUAAUGCUGAUGGUGAAUUUUUAUUGUCUUCACACUAGCACAAAAUAAACGUCUCUCACAGUGUUGAGUGUGUUGUGCUGCCUUGUAGUCUGUUCAGCAAACUGAACAAUGAAGGGACUCUGUGUUCUACCUCUAAACUGUAUUAACAUUGCUACCCAGAAGGCCAGAAGAAAGCAUACAUUUCCAUUCCUAGUUCCUGCGAUCAUUUAAAAUAUCGCAAUAGAGGGACAGCAACAUGGCUGUCGAUAAAGUCACUUGUCACCAAGUCCGAUGACCUGAGUUCAAUCCCUGGACUCCACAUGGUGGAAAGAGAACUAGCUCCUGCCAGCUGUCCUCUGACCUCCAAAUACGCAGUGGAGCACACGUCCUACAUCCCUACCACAAACUAAGUAAAUGUAAUAAACAUAUAAAUCUUUCAGUAGAAUAUGUCGGAAUGACAAGUUUCUAUCCAGACUUUACACAA